AAGACAUGCUGGUGGGAGAAAGAGACAGGAGGGAGCAAGCACAGCAGGGUGACUACCGGCGAUCGAGUGUUUUUGAUGGGUGGCCGUGCGACGUGUGCUAUGCUGAAUGCAGUGCGAGGCGUGACUGAAAGGCGCGUGACGGCACGCGAGACUUUGACGCGUUCCUUACUACAACCACCGCCCGAUACAUCCUCUACAAAUAUGUCACUUUGGGUUGACAAAUUCCGCCCUCGCACGCUUGAAGAUCUGCAUUACCAUGAAGGACUUUCGACGCGACUAAAAUCCCUGGCUGCAUCUGGAGACUUUCCUCAUAUGCUGUUCUACGGGCCUUCGGGAGCGGGCAAGAAAACGCGUAUCACUUGCACACUCCGGCAACUCUUCGGUCCUGGCCUCAAAAUUGACCAACGGGUCUUUCUCACACCUUCGAAACGAAAGAUAGAAGUGAACCUCGUACAAAGUAACUUCCACAUCGAAAUUACUCCCAGUGAGGCGGGGAAUUAUGACAGGGUGGUGAUACAGGAACUGCUGAAGGAAAUUGCGCAGACACAACAGGUGGAUCUAAAUGCAAAACAACGAUUUAAAGUGGUCAUUAUCAACGAAGCGGAUACACUCUCUCGUGACGCACAAGCUGCUUUGAGACGAACGAUGGAGAAGUACAUGUCGAAUAUGAGAAUCAUACUUUGCGCCAACAGCACGAGUCGUCUCAUUGCGCCCAUAAAGAGUCGAUGUCUGCUCAUGCGUGUGGCAGCACCAGAUGAUAAAGAGAUGCAAACAGUCUUGGUCCAUGUCUCACGACGAGCUUAUUUCGAUCUACCACCGGAAGCGGCCCAAGAGAUUGUGAAGGACUCUGGUGGCAAUCUCCGGAAAGCGAUCUUAUGUUUAGAGGCUCUCAAAAUGCAAUCAUCUGACUUCACCGGCCCGCUUACCAUUGUCAAACCAGACUGGGAGACCUAUUGCCAAAAGAUUGCUGUGCUCAUUGUCUCGGAGCAAACACCAGCCCGUGUCAUGGACAUUCGUACGAAGUUUUACGAACUGUUGAGUCACUGCAUUCCUCCGACGGUGAUUUUGAAGACAGUUGCAGAGGCUGUAGUCAGUCAGGUGGACGAAACUCUCAAGGCUGAGAUCAUGCACUGGGCAGCUUUCUAUGAGGUCCGAAUGCGCAUUGGGAGCAAAAAGAUCUUCCACCUGGAAGCGUGGGUUGUCAAGGUCAUGAGCUUGUAUAAGCAAUCGUUUUACCAGUUUGAUAUCUCCGAUUUCUAAAUACACUUGUAACGGACAGAUCAUGUUUUACGGCCCUUGGUCUUGCCGAGUUUCG